AUUUGGAUUUGAUAACAGUAGGAUAUUGUUAGAGCAUAUAAGAGGAGUAGCACUAUCUUUAUCCAACUCCUAUGGCGACUUCUCCUUUUGCUCCCUCCACAGCUAUUCUUCCACUCUCCGUCACCACGACCUUAAAUGUCCUGCCGGACGUUAUCCUCUCCAACAUCAUCGCCGCCAUCUCCGACGUUCGGACUCGCAACUCCGCUGCACUCGUAUCCCGGAAAUGGCUCAUACUCGAACGUUCCACCCGCACCUGCCUCACCCUCCGCGGCAACGUCCGAGACCUCAUCAUGCUUCCUGCCUGCUUCAGAUCCGUCAAUCACCUCGAUCUGUCUCUACUCUCUCCCUGGGGCCACCCUCUCCUCUCUCCGGUCUCCUCCGGCGGCGGGGCCGCCGUCUUCACUGACCCAACCCUCAUCGCGCACCUCCUCCUCCAUGCCUUUCCCUCCAUCAAUUCCCUCAAGCUCUAUGCUCGCGACCUCUCCACCUUCCAGCACUUGCCUUCCCAGUGGCCGCAGCUGAAGAAAAUCACACUGGUCCGAUGGCACCAGCGUCCACAAUUAGCAUCCGGCGAGGAGUUCAGCUCCUUCUUCCGCGAAUGUUCGAACAUGGUCUCACUGGAUUUAUCGGCUUUUUACUGCUGGGCCGAUGAUAUUCCACCUGCUCUCGAAUCUCACCCCAAAGUCUCAUCGAAUCUCACCAGCCUCAAUCUCUUAAAUCCCUCGUUUUCCGAGGGAUUCAAGACCGAAGAGAUCACGGCGAUAGCAAAAUCCUGUCCCAAUUUGAAGGAAUUGCGCGCUGCCUGUAUGUUCGACCCUAGGUACAUAGGUUUCGUUGGGGAUGAAGCCCUAAUUUCAAUAUCCACAAAGUGUCCGAAUCUCUCCAUCCUUCAUUUAGCCGAUACCUCUGCUCUGUCCACUACAAGAGGUGAUCCCGAGGACGAAGGUUUCACAAGCGAGGAAGCAAGGAUCAACGUUUCCACAUUGAUAGAGGUAUUUUUUCGUCUUCCAUUACUAGAAGAACUUGCUUUAGAUGUGUGUAACAGCGUUAGAGACAGUGGUCCUGCAUUUGAAAUUCUCAACUCGAAAUGUCCUAGAUUGAAAUCUCUCAGGUUAGGGCAAUUCCACGGCCUUUCAGUACCGGUUGAGUGGAAGUUGGACGGAAUUGCCCUCUGUCAAGGGCUGAGAUCCCUAUCAAUCAGGAAUCCAGGAGACUUGAAUGAUAUCGGAUUGAUUGCAAUAGGCAGAGGGUGCUCCAGGCUAGCUAAGUUUGAGAUCCAAGGUUGCAAAAAGAUAACAAUGAAGGGGAUGAGAACUGUUGCUAGUUUGCUUAGGAAGACUUUGAUCGACGUUAAGAUCUCUUGUUGCAAGAAUCUCAGGGCACCCUCAACUUUGAAGGCUCUCGAGCCUAUACAACAUACCAUCCAAAGGCUCCACAUUGAUUGUGUGUGGGUCGAAGAUUCAUCCAAAGAAGAUUCUAAUUGUGGUAUGGAGUUCAAUUUUGGAGUUGCCUCCUAUAAUGGUAGCGCAAACGACGAGGAUUGUGAUAAUGAUGAGGGGGAAAUGUGCAAUAAAAAGAAAAAGGUCAAAUAUUCUUAUGACCUGAAUAGUGUGUACGACGAAAUGGAAGGUGAUGGUCAUCGGACAUGGGCUCAAUUGCGAUACAUCUCCAUCUGGAUUGGUGUUGGGGAGCUUCUCACACCACUAACGAGUGCCGGUCUAGAGAAUUGUCCAAAGCUAGAGGAAAUGAGGAUCAAGGUGGAAGGAGAUUGUAGGCUACUCUCCAAACCUUCGGAUCGGGAAUUUGGCUUGGCUACUCUAUUAUGGUUUCCUAAGCUCAAAAGGAUGCAUUUGGAUUGUGGAGACAUUAUAGGGUAUGCACACACUGCACCGUCGGGGCAGAUGGAUCUCAGCCUAUGGGAGAGGUUUUACCUGUUUGGUAUUGGUAAUCUUAACUUAAGCGAACUUGAUUACUGGCCACCGCAGGACAGGGAUGUCAACCAAAGGAGUCUUUCGCUGCCUGCAGCUGGUUUGAUCCAGCAGUGCCCCACGCUCCGCAAGCUUUUCAUCCAUGGGACAGCUCAUGAGCAUUUCAUGAGGUUCUUUCUUCACAUCCCACACCUAAGAGAUGUACAGUUAAGAGAGGAUUACUACCCAGCACCGGAGAAUGACAUGAGUACAGAGAUUAGGGCAGAUUCUUUAAGCCGCUUUGAAGCAGAUCUAAACAGGCGCCGAAUUCCCGAUUAACUUUUCAUGAUCAUUUAAUCUUGAUUUUUGCUUUUUUCUUUCACAUUUGUCAUGCUGCUUUGAGAUAUAUUCCCAUUUUAGCCCUACCUAGGCACAGUCCAGGUCUGGCUGCGGUUCCGGACAGAAGUCUGGGCCUGGCCCGAGUAUAAAGGGUCCUAGGUACCCGACCUGUCCGGUGCUGGGUUCUGGUCCCGGUCUUUUGCUUCUUUGUUUUGUACUUUUGUUAUUUAGUCCUUUCGUCUCAUUUUUCUUGGUUUACUUGUUCUACUUUCUUUUUUGAAUUUUCACAUUUUUUUAGAAAGAAAUAUGUUGUCCAC